AUGGCGGCCUUUCCUAACUGCAGUUUUGUGUUUAUGAUCCUUCUUGCCUGCCAUAUUUCCAACAUUCUAUGUAGACCCGAGGAGCCGGUGAAAGUCAAAGUUUUAAACGAUGGAGAUAGAACUAGAUUUGAUGGAUGUGCUUCUUUGCUCAGGGCAGGCUACAAUACCUCUGGAGUCUACAGGCUGACUCUCAAUGUCACAGAUAUCCUGGUUCCAUGCGAGUUUAGAGAUGGAAAUGCCUUCACUGUGAUUCUCCGCAGGUGGAGCAACUCCGUCUCAUUUAUACAAACUUGGGCUGCCUAUGAAAAUGGAUUUGGCCACCCACAGGACAAUUACUGGGCCGGGCUGGCCAAUAUUUACAUCCUGACUCUGCACGGAAACACCAAUCUUCAGAUAAACAUGCAGGACUGGAAUGGACACAGUGAAAAUGCUGUCUACUCACGGUUCUACCUGGAGCCACGGCCGACCAGGUACCGGAUGCAUGUUGGGUCAUACCGAGGUAGUUUACCGGAUGAGUUGUCCUUCCAUAACAACAUGCCCUUUUCCACGUUUGAUGCCCCAGAUCCUCACGGUUGUGCAGCCAACAUGAAGGCUGGCUGGUGGUACAACUAUUGUGCCUAUACCCUCCCAACUGGCAUCUACUACACUGGUGGCUGGUACACCCCGAGUGGUAGCAUGUACGACGGAAUCUUCUGGAAGGACUGGUAUGGCUACAACUAUUCCCUCAAGUUCAUCUCCAUGACGUUGUCUUCCUAA